AAACUCAAUUCAGAAGUGUUAGGAUACCUAAAGCAGAAGUCUUAGGAUGCUCAUGGUCGACUGAGUGUCAUGGCAACUUAAUAAUUUUGGGUGCAACAAAGCCUCCCUUUUCCACCAAACCUGUCUAUGCACUUGCACAAGGCGUGCAGCUGGGCAGUGUCAGAAAGAUGCCUCCCCUCCGCCUCCCCUAAGGCAUAGCCUGACUGAGUACUUACAAAGUUAUGGGAAAGGCGAUAUCUGAAUUAUCAUCUCCAUCUCCAAUUUCCCAUAAAAUAAAAAAAAUAAAAAUCACAUCUUUCCAGGUUAUUUCAUAGAUUCAUAUUCCCCAGAUCCUUUCGAUAUUCAGAAUACCCACCACAUUGGUAACGUGAUAAGGGGUCACGAAAUAGGUUAUGUCGGUUACCCGGUACUACAAGAUCUUAACCAAGACUCUGUUUUUUUUUUCUUCUUUAAUAAAACGUCAAACUUCAAAACAAAGACUCUGUUUUUGUUUCUUGCGUCUCUCUGUUCUACUUGUACCAAAAUAUCUCAAUUCAAUCAAAAAUAUCAGCUUUAAUUUCUUAAUUCCUCUAUAAAAAUGGCGAUUUCUGAAUCGCCAGAAAUCUUUAAUCACCAACUCCAACAUCAAGGGGAACACUCUAUACGAAGAAGAAGAAUAGAUGCAACUACUGCUACUACAACUAGUAAUACUAGGGAUAAUGAUAAUGGGAAUGAUGAGCAUUCUUCUUCAGCAUCUUCGUCCUCAAUAACUGAUGAAUUGGAAAAAAAGAAUUCAUCUGAGUUUUACACCAAUGGGAAAGUAGAAGCGAAUCAGAUCGAGAAUCAUGAGAAUGAGAAGAAGAAAGAUGGCGGUGAUGUGCCAAUUAGUUAUACGUAUAGACCAUCAGCUCCUGCUCAUCGGAGAAUUAAAGAAAGUCCUCUUAGCUCUGAUGCCAUCUUUAGACAGAGUCAUGCAGGUCUUUUCAACCUGUGUAUUGUUGUGCUUGUUGCGGUGAACAGCAGACUUAUCAUCGAGAAUCUAAUGAAGUAUGGCUUAUUAAUCAGAUACGGGUUUUGGUUUAGUUCGAGAUCACUGCGAGACUGGCCACUCUUUAUGUGUUGUCUCAGUCUAAAUAUCUUCCCACUUGCUGCUUUUAUGGUCGAGAAGUUGUCUCUACAUGAAGUUAUUUCCGAAUAUGUCAUUGUUUCACUUCAUGUAUUGAUUACGUCGGCUUCAAUCUUGUAUCCAGUUACUAUGAUACUCAGCUACGAUUCUGCGGUUGUAUCUGGGAUUAUAUUAAUGUUGUUUACCUGCAUCGUAUGGUUGAAGUUAGUAUCAUAUGCACAUGCCAAUUAUGACAUGAGGGCACUUGCAAACUCAGAUGACAAGGUACCUGGUUCACCGUCUGAUUCUGCAGAUGCGGUUGAGAAAUAUGAGGUUAGCUUCAACAGUUUGGCAUACUUCAUGGUUGCUCCAACAUUGUGUUACCAGACAAGCUACCCUCGUACAGAAAGCAUCCGAAAGCGUUGGGUGACUCGUCAACUGAUUAAAUUGGUGAUAUUCACAGGAGUUAUGGGCUUUAUCAUCGAACAAUACAUCAAUCCAAUUGUUCAGAAUUCUCAACAUCCUUUGAAAGGGAACCUAUUAAAUGCCAUAGAGAGGGUGUUGAAGCUAUCUGUUCCAACACUAUAUGUGUGGCUUUGCAUGUUCUACUGCUUUUUUCACCUUUGGUUGAAUAUUCUAGCUGAGAUCCUCCGCUUUGGGGAUCGUGAGUUCUACAAAGACUGGUGGAAUGCAAAAACCGCUGAAGAGUAUUGGAGAAUGUGGAAUAUGCCUGUUCAUAAAUGGAUGGUUCGUCAUAUCUACUUUCCGUGCUUAAGGCAUAAAAUACCAAAGGGGGUUGCGAUUGUAAUAGCCUUCUUCGUUUCUGCUGUCUUCCACGAGCUAUGUAUUGGUGUCCCCUGUCACAUGAUCAAGUUUUGGGCAUUUAUGGGAAUAAUGCUUCAGGUUCCUUUGUGCAUUCUGACAAAUUUCCUGCAAAAUAAGUUCCAAAACACUAUGGUGGGAAAUAUGAUCUUUUGGUUCUUUUUCUCGAUUUUUGGUCAACCGAUGUGUGUCCUGUUAUACUAUCACGACUCGAUGAAUCAGAAACUGGGAACUGAUUGAACUACUAAUACUUGCCCGUUAUCAAAUAAACUCGCGUUGGCCAACAAAACAGAAGCUCAUUAACUGAAGUUAGGUGUCUGUAUAUAAAAACACAUCUUGCGAUUUCCUUGUUAUUCGUGCAGCCAUGAUCUGUACCGAGCCUACUAACAAUGUGUUUCCCAUGAAGAACCUGCAUCAUCCAUAUAGAGUAUUUUGGAUGAUUUACCACCUCUCUAACAGAAGAUGGGAAUUUUGAUGAAUGCAUCUCAGCUAAUUUUGUAACACUACAAUUUCACUCUUGUAUGAUUUUCAAUUGUUUGGUUGUGCAUUUCUAGAUCGUGUAAAAUAAUCUGUUAUUCUCUUGGUUUUUGUUAAAUGUUCAGUUGAUUUGUUAAUGU